AUGCACUUGUCACCGGCCGGCGAAACAAAGUUAUCCAUCCAGUUCGGCUCAUCUCACUGCUCCAUAUACACUGCUCUCCCGAUCGAUGUCGAUUUUGUUGUUACCGCAUCUACAUUAUCUGUACCGAGCCGAAUCUCCACAGUAGCUGGACCGUACGUCCUCGUGUCGCCCGGGGCGCUCCAUUAUUUAUGCACAAAGCAGCUCGCCGCACUGCUAUCCCCUAAAGACCUUGUGGUCGGCACGAGAGUGAAUAAUCUGUUGAUAUCGACGGAGAAAGUUGUUUACAACGCUUUACCGUUGUUAAGGCGCGAUAAAGAUUAUACUUACAAAGAUCCCCUUCGCAGGAUUAUAAAGGGCAUAAUCGCACGCGACCUUUCGCGUACGGACGCAAGCGCCACGGUCACGGAGGGCGGCGUCGGCUUCAACAGCGUCACCAUACACUUUCAAAGCGAACGCGGCAAGGGGCUGAACUACUUAGUUUUAAUAUUCACGAAGAACAGU